AUGAAUUCAAAAACCACCAUCAUGAUCAAUGAACAUGAUUUAAUCUUGCCAACGACCGAAGCGGAACGAGUGUUUGGUAGCAAUCAUGAAAAUAUCACCGAAAGAUAUCAUUAUCAAAUUUUAUGUAAUAUUGAUUAUGAAACAGCGUAUGAAUUGUUGCAAUUUUUGAGAAAUUGUACUCGGGAAGAGUGUUAUCAUGAAAAAGAAUUAACCAAUCUCGUUCAAAAGCUGAAACAAACUGACCCUAAAGGACCAUCUGCUUUAUUGGUGUUUAUGGAUAAAUAUUUUCCAGAAGCAUGCCAAGAACAUUGUUUGAUUGACUUUUUGAUAAGCGAAAUUAAUCGAGAUGAGGAGGUUGAAGGAACCAAUCUUGUUGUUGAAAAGUAUAUAUUAGGGGAUGAAGAGGAUUUUAUUUUACAGGUUGAUGAUCGAGAAUGCUUAACGAUCUCGUAUUCUCACCAAAGCCAACACUACACUUUCGGAACUGAUAUAGUUGCUUUCAAUUUCCAAAAUAAUAAUAUCCAUUUUGACGACAGUGAUUUUGUUGUACCUCCUCCAAGUCCAUAUGUAUUGUUCAACAUGGUUUCUCAAUUAGUACAAAGGUAUACAAGGUCUUCCCAGCCUUCAAAGUAUUUAGAAAAGCCAGCCUUUUUCAUUUCCAAACCCAGAAUGAUUUUGAUUUUAGCCUCGAUUUUCAAAAAAAUCUCUUCUGUUGUAGGUAAUGAUAAGCGUUGGGUUGAGGCUUUUGGGCUGUUUCAAUUGUAUACAAACGCGCCCUGGAGUUGCUAUGGAAAAGAGUGGAAAACAUGGAUAUUGACAAUUAUUUCAAAAAGUUUUUUGAAACAUUUAUCGACAUUGGUGAUAAUGACGACUGGUUUAUACAAUGUAACGAUUAUGGGUGAGGAGGAACAAGAAAUUGACAAAUCAGAGGACUCGAACAAAAGAAUAUCAACCUCAGAAUCUUCCCAACCGGCAAAGUCACGCAAGAUUGCAAGCCAUAGCGACACUUCACAAUAA